GUCACGUUUUAUCAAUUAUAGGCACAAGAGAUGAUGAAAGCUAGGAGUGUCCACCAACCAGUUGUUCCUGAAGUUGAUCAUCUUGUUAACUCCACUGAGUACGACCUGCCUGAACACACAGUCACAAUAACCAACAUAUCCGAGGUGGACUUUUCUGGUGAAGGGGGUGUACGACUUGGUCAAAACAGGAUAGAAGAUGAUAACACCGAUGUACGGAAUAUUCUUGAGGAACCAGAAACUGAGGAGUUCAAGAAGAUGAAGACGAAGUAUAAACAGAUGAUGGAUCAUGUGGGUAAACUUGAGAAUCAGAGCAGAAAGAAGAAAAUCUCGAUGAGAACCAAAGCUAACCGAAAGAAGAGAAGAGACAAAGUUCGCUCUAAGAAGAAAGGGAAGAAAUGAUUCAUCUAUAAUACUAGUCAAAUAUUCCUUUUUAAAUAAAAAAAAAAAUUCUUAA